UCUACCUUAACACCUCCAAAAUCUGUGUCCUACAGAAACGUUCUUGCGGGAUCAGAGGGGCGUUUAUCUGCACUGGGAUCAGCCAAUAUUUGCGUCAGAGGCGGUGAAACGAGACUUCCCGGUAAUCCAGGAGUGGGGCUGUGAAAUCAGCUCACAGAAGUGCAAUCUCCACAUUGGCUUUUAGUUUUACCCUCCCGGCACUGACUUUGUGGGGCUCCUUUUCCAGACGGGAACCCAGCUCCGUUGCUGUGGUGGUCCCAGACCUUGUGCUGUUUGAGAAAAUCUGCCUGCGGGGAUCAGAAAGAGAUGGCCACCGGACAAGCCCUCCUGCUUUUAAUACUCAUCGGAGUAGCCGAGCCCGGGGCAGGUCGAUGCCCUGCCUGCGAGACGGCAGCCCUGGCCCCAGACGUGCAGAAGACGUUCCUCAUUGAGCUAGCAAAACGGAGUAUUCUCUCCAAGCUGCACUUGAAGGAGCGACCCAAUGUGACCCAGCCAGUCUUCAGCGCGGGCCUCCUGACAGCUCUGGGGAGGCUCCGUGUCGGGCGCACGAACCCGAGCGUCACGUUGGAGAUGCCGAGCCAGAGUCCCAAGACCGAUGAGCAAGACUAUGAGAUUCUCAGCUUUGCUGAGCCAGGCCUCCUGACAGCUCUGGGGAGGCUCCGUGUCGGGCGCACGAACCCGAGCGUCACGUUGGAGAUGCCGAGCCAGAGUCCCAAGACCGAUGAGCAAGACUAUGAGAUUCUCAGCUUUGCUGAGCCAGGGCCCUCCGCUCCCAACAGGACACGUCUGCACUUCCACUUCACCCAGGAUGCCGGGAGAAGCGUGCAAAUCCUCCAUGCCGACAUGUACGUGUUCCUGGCAGCCCCCAGCGGCCCCGCGCGCAGGGUCACGGCAAAGCUGCUGUUGUCUGAGCCGGGCGAUGCAAACCCGACGCUGGUCGGCAGGAGGCAGCUGGAGGUGAAGCGGGGAGGCUGGGCCGCGGUGGAGGUGAGGACAGCUGUCCAGAGCUUCUUCAGCAAAGGCGGCCAGAGACUAACGGCGGAGCUGGAGUUUGAAGGAAGCCCGGAGCCUGCCCUGCUUCUCAGCAGCAGCGACUCUCACCGGCCGUUCGUGGUGGCCAAGGCCCGGGCCAGGCCCCGACACCGGAUUCGCCGCCGGGCCGUCGAGUGCAAUAGCAAGUCGAGGACGUGCUGCAGAAAGCAGUUCUUCGUUGACUUCAAGGAGAUCGGCUGGGAGGACUGGAUCAUCCAGCCGGAGGGCUACCGCAUGAACUACUGCACGGGGCCCUGCCCCACCCACGUGGCCGGCAUGCCCGGCCUGGCCUCCUCCUUCCACACAGCCAUCCUGAAUCUCAUCAAGGCCAAUGAUAUGAACGCAGAUACAGCAGUGGUGGUUGAUGUUACAACUGCGCCUGGGCAGAGCCCAGAGCCAACUGCAGCCUGUGGCGCCAAUAUGCAGCCCCCGCCCCUGCUCUCCGCUGGCACCAAGCGCAUCCGUCCUACGGCCUGGUGA